AUGUCUGCGUUAGUAUGCGAUGUAACCGGUUGUAGACGUGACUAUGAUACGGUUUGCACGCAUUGUCACGCGAAUUUCUGUUCGAAACACUAUGUGUCACAUGUAAAAAACGCCAAUCAAGAUUUAGUACCAAUUGCCGAUGAAUUGAAUGCAUUGAUUAAUAAAAUUCAGUACACAAAUCCAAUGCAUCAAGCUUUUCAACAACUGGAACAAUCACGUGAAAUGAGCCAUCGACACAUCGAUAAUUUAUACGAUGAAAAGAAACGACAGUUACAAUUUGAAGUUGAUCUCAAACGUGAAUUACAAUUGAAUAAACUACUUGAGUUGAAUAAAAAAGUCACGAAAUUAGUCUAUGAAGGUGAUGCAUCAUUCAAACAAAUCGAAAGUUUGAAACGAGAUUUUGACGAUAUCAAAAAGCAAAAUAAACAUUUUCAAAAAUCGAACUUUAUUAAUUUCAGUCUGGAAUCGUCCGGUUUGAAAGCCAAUCUAUUAAAUAAAGAUUUCUUCUUCGGUGAUGGUACAUUAUUAUCAUAUGAACAACAAGCCAAAUUGAACGAAUUUUACGGCAAGGAAACCCAGAAAUGGUCGUUGAUCUACAAAGCUACUCGAGAUGGAUUUUCUAGUGUUGCUUUUCACAAACAUUGCGAUCAUCGUGGUCCAACCAUGACCAUUAUCCAAUCGAAACCUAGUGGUUAUCUGUUCGGUGGAUAUACAUCUGUCUCUUGGAGAUCAACCAAAGGUUACAUUGAAGAUUGUUACGGUCCAUUCUUGUUUACAUUAACAAAUCCGCAUGGUAUCCCUCCGACGAGAUAUCCAGUUUUAGAACAGAAUUAUGCGAUUUACAAUAAGAAAGAAUUCGGACCAACGUUCGGUUGUGGUCAUGAUUUACAUGUGUGUGAUGAUAGUAAAUCGAGUAGUGGUAGUUAUUGUUAUUUUCCUUGGUCUUAUAGUGAUCGAACACAUCGCGGUUCGGAUACGUUUACUGGAAGUAAAUUCUUUCAAGCCAAUGACAUCGAAGUUUAUCAAUUAGCGGACAGUUGA